CACCUUUCCCGACCGGGACACCCUGCGUGCGUGUGUUUCGGGACUUUUGUCUGAGGUCUGAGCACCCGGCUGGUUCUCCGUCUUACCUGUCCCAUCCACCCGUCCUCGCUGCAUCGUGUCCGGACGGCAGCGUCCCCAGUUUGAUCCUGUUCCAAUUUAUCUGAGCCCAGCUGCGAGCGACCCGUCUGCUCGAUCGAUAUCAUUUGGAUGAAGAUGAGACAACUGAGCGCAUUCAUCCUGUUGACCCUGGCUGUCCUCACAACAGCCAGACCAAAAACAGAACCUGCGCAGAAAUGUAAGACCGGUCCGGUGGAUCUAGUCUUCCUCAUCGACAGCUCCCGCAGCGUUAGGCCACAUGAGUUUGAAACCAUGAGGAAGUUUAUGAUUGACAUCAUUAACACCCUGGAUAUUGGACUAAAUGCCACCAGAGUGGGAGUUGUUCAAUAUUCCAGUCAGGUCCGCACUGAGUUCACUCUGAAGACUCACGCCAGGCUGAGCAACAUAGUGAAAGCCAUCAAUCAGAUCAUCCCCCUCGCUCAGGGUACCAUGACCGGACUCGCCAUCAGAUACAUGAUGAAUGAAGCUUUUACUGCUGAGGCUGGAGACAGGCCAAAGGUUCCAAAUGUGGCCGUGAUCGUGACAGACGGACGUCCUCAGGACCGCGUGGCUGAGGUGGCAGCUGAGGCAAGAGAAAAAGGCAUUGAGAUCUAUGCUGUGGGCGUGGCCAGGGCAGAUAUGACAUCACUGAGGGCCAUGGCAUCACCGCCCUUUGAGGACCACGCCUUCCUGGUUGAGUCCUUUGAUCUCAUUCACCAGUUUGGCAUCCAGUUCCAGGAUAAGCUCUGCGGCGUGGAUCUGUGUCUGAGUCAGACCACGGCUGUGAGCACAUCUGUGAGAGCACUCCUGGAUCCUACCACUGCCUCUGUCUGCCCGGAUACACUGUGA